CCCGCCUUCAGGCUCUUAACAUUUUCUUCAGCAUUAGCAACUGAGACAAAUCUCCUCUUGGAGAAAAAUCUCCUUCAUCUUCAUUUUGAGUUUUUUGCGAAGUCGAUGGCGACCUUUGAUGAAGUUUCUGCACUACAACAAAUCAGAAACUAUCUGCUUGGAGAAUUUUCUCCAAAAGCAUUUAAUUUUGCUAACCAGCUUAGCAACAAUCCAGCAGUUGGAGUUUUUUCAAGCUCGCAAUCAGGCUCUAACCCCUCUCAAAAUGCUAGCUAUGAACUUCCUCUCACGAUUUCCGAUUGUAGCCAGGAUUCCAUUGAUUUUGAUUAUAAUUCCUUGAAUUUUCAAGAGAAUCUGCUUGAUUUGGAAUCAAAUUCACCGAUGAAUUUCGAGCAAAAUGAUAACACGUUCACGAACUUCGAAUCAUAUUCUCAAAUUAUAGAUCUGACAUCACCAAAAAUACAACAGAAUUCAACAGCCCCAUCCAGAAAGCCUCCGCUGAAGAUCGAUUUAUCUCGGGUGGAGCAAGCCGAAAGGACGACCGUCCAAAUCCAGCUGCCUGCGGAGGAGAACAAACGCUACAGAGGAGUUAGGCGGCGGCCGUGGGGAAAGUACGCGGCGGAGAUCCGAGAUCCGAAACGGCGCGGGAGCAGAGCUUGGCUGGGGACAUUCGACACCGCAGUCGAGGCGGCUAAAGCUUACGACCGAGCGGCUUUCAGGAUUCGCGGGAGCAAAGCGAUUCUGAACUUCCCGUUGGAAGCUUCGAGGCUCAGAACCGAAGAGUCUCAGGCCGCCGGGCAAGGUUGCGGGAAGCCAGAGAGAGACGCCGAGGAGACGGUUGUCGUUAGAAAUGGCGCGGCAGAGGAAUGGCCCCCAACGCCGUCAAACUGGAAUGCCACGUGGGAUCAGAAUUUUAACGGAAUGUAUGACCUGCCUCCGUUAUCCCCUCACUCUGCUUUCGGUUAUCCGCAAAUGGUAGUAAUGUAAGGAAUUUGGUAUCUGAAAUCGGACGGUAUUCAAAACGUCUCCAGUACACGCAAUAAGCCAAUACUAGUCUUUUGAGACCGGAUAAGGUCGUAAUUUAAAUCAGAAAGAUAUUUUGGUAUCUCUAGUCUUAAAAAAAUACGAGUAAGAAUGUUUUUUUCUUGACUGAAAUUUGAUGGUCUGGUCUGUUUAAGUCUGGUCUGAACUGGUCUGGUCUGGUCUAGUAAAGAUCUGGUCUCUGUGUAUUUUUUAAUUAUCCAAGUCUGGUCUGGUCUGGUCUGUUUAAGUCUGGUCUGGUCUGGUCUGGUCUGCUUAAGUCUGGUCUGAUCUAUCUGGUUUGGUCUGGGACUGAAAAAAACUUAAAAGAAAACAUCCUAAGGAGUAUGUCUACUUCAAAAAAUACUACUCUCUCCGUCCCUAUUAUAUCUUCCAAAUAGGUUUGACACAGAGUUUAAGAUAGUGAGUAUUGUGUGAUAGAGAGUUGUGCAGAGGAGAGAGAAAUAUGUAAGAAUUGCUGUGAACCACAAAUUCUGGCCAAAAAGGAAAAGUUGAAGUUUUAAUUUGGACGGACG